GUCAAUUGGAGUAUGCUGGGAAGACAUCACAAAUAUAAUAGAAUGUGGUGGGGGAAGUAUGUAAUUUUUGAAAACCAAUUCAAUUCAAGAGUGGUGUAUUCAAGGAAAUUAUACUAAUACCUCUUAAUCCAAAUGAUCGUUAUAUCAUUAUUCAUAUAUUGGGUAUAUGCUUCGCCUUCUCUGGAUUCCUACUUAGAGGGUAAGCCAUGGCUAUUUUGGCUCUGUCUCUUCAUUUCAAUAUGGCACUGCUACAUUGGCAUUGAUAUUCAGAAAGGAUGUUGCAGUAUUCCCCUGGAAUUGGGUUGUGUUCGUCACCUUCACUCUCUCAGUUUCAGUCGUUUGCGGUACAUUGGUGGCUUUGGGAGACUCAGUUAUCGGUCUUUUAGUUUUCAGCAGUCUUGCAAGCAUGGUGUUUUUCUUGUUUAUGUAUUCAUUGACAGUCAAAAGAAGACUCACCUAUUAGGGAUCAAUACUAUUUAUAUCAGCUAGUAUCCUCCUCAUUUUUGAAAUCUUCACAAUCUUCACUGAGGUUUCCCUCUUUUGGUUAAGUAGUGUUUCACUCUUUGCUUUCCUAUUGGCAUUUCUAUUGAUUUAUGACACCUACACUAAUGUUAAUUCAGGAGAUCAAUACGAUGUCAAUUAAGCAGAUGAAGUGUCAGGAAGUGUAAUUAUCUAUUGGGAUGUGAUCUUGCUUUUCUUGAAAAUGAAUGAACUUAUUAAAGAUUACUUAGUGAGGGAACGCAAUUGA